AUGUAAAAUUUUCAAUACAGGAUAAUCUUGACUUUAUUUUUCACAGUGACUAUUUUAAUCAUAGUAGGGGUACAUUUCGCUUAUAGAGACCCCUUAUUUGAAGUGAGCUAGGAUAUAAUCGAAGAGCUGUAGUCUCAUAAUAGUGAUGUUGUGAGAUAUUUUUUAGAGGGCGUCUCACUUUUGCUAGGAGGUGAAGCACUAAUGUUUGGCACUUGUGCCUUGAUGUUUGCUUUUGCUAAGAGAUAAAGAGCAUUUUACUACAUUCUACUUAUUUCGAUAGUAACUAUUGUGUUAUCGAUAGGUAAAUUAGCUUAUCAUCAUCCUAGACCCUACAUGGUUGAUGAAAAGAUCAAGGUAUAUGGCUGUGCUACUGAGUUUGGUGACCCUAGUGGCCAUACGACCUCAUCUAGUGCUGUACUAGUUGCUCUUAACAUGGAUUUUCUUUCUAAGUAUAACAGAAUUAAACUAAUAUGGAAGAUUCUCUCCAUUAUUUUAUGCAUUUUAUUGAUAUUUAUGGUGGGAUUCUCAAGAUUAUAUAAUGGUGAUCAUACAAUAGAUUAAAUUAUAUACGGUUGGUGUUUAGGUAUUUGGGUAGCUGUGGUCCUAUUUUUAGCUUUUAAGGAUAAAUUAUACCAGCAUAUUAGUGAAAUAAUGAACAAGCCAAGACUUUUCAACAUGCGAUAGAGAAUAAGAUAUGCUGGUAUUGCUUUUGGCAUUUUUAUCAUCCUUAUUAUCGGAUUGAUUGUUUCUUAUGAGGUUGUAAAGAGAAAUUUUGAUAUACCAUAGGAAUGGAAAGAUAAUUUAGCAAAGGAAUGUGGAGCGGAUAUUGGAUUAUAUAGUUUUGAUAGUGCAAGCUUGAUUUAAGGACUAUCUAUAGUAGUGGCAUUAAGUAGCUACUAUGGAAUUCUCUAUGGCAGUAUGAGAUCAUCCACUAGGGAUGAGUUUUAUUUAUAUGGAGAUUUAUGGUGGCAAGGAGUUCUUAGACUCUUAGUAUUUUUGGUAUUCUCAGCUAUUUUCGUGAUUCCAGUUGCUCUCAAGGUAGAUGUCAAUAAUAAUGCAUACUUGACUGCUCUUGUGACUACAUUCGUCCCCUUCAUAAUAAUUGGUUUUGUGGUAUUCUCCUCUUUAUUUGACAAGGUAUACUACAAACUCAAACUCUCAUAUCUUAAGCCUAGUUUGUACUUUAAAGGAGAUAGAUAUGACAUGGUAAUAAACCAAAAUGAAACUAUAUCUGUUGGAACUUCUUCUGACGCUAAAACCAAGAAUUAUCUAUGA